AUGCAGCCCCACCGCCCGCAAACCUCCUUCCACACCCCCCCCAUCUUCCCCCCCCUCCCCCGCAAGCGGCGCCCCCCCCUUUCCCGCUCCCCCUCCCCCUCCUCCUCCUCCAUCCGCACCCCCUCCACCCACACCGCCCGCCACCCCCUCCACUCCGGCCACCGCCCCCAAACCACCACCCUAACACACCUGCACACAAACUCGCUCCCCUCCGCCCCCCUGCCCCCCUCCACCCUGCGCCAGCGCCACCUCGCAACCCUCACCACCCUCCUCCACCACGCCCUCUCCACCAACGACCUCCCGCGCGCCUCGCGCGCCUACGCCCUCCUGCUCCGCACGCCCAGCACCGACAUCCGCGCCUUCUGGCGCCUCGGCGUCGAGUUGCUGAUACGGCGCGGGGAGCCGCAGAAGGCCGUGGAGCUCGUGACGCGGCUGGCGCUGGGGUAUCCGUACAACAAGGGGACGCACGCGUUCCACUCGGCGCUGAGCGGCGGCGAGGAAGGGGGUGGUGGUGGUGGCGGUGGCGGUGGCGGUGGCGGUGGGAUUGAUGGUGGUGGGGAGGGGGCGCUGGUGAGGCCCAGUGUGCUGGAGUUUGUGCCGGGGCUGCUGGAGGUGCUGGUGUUGGUGGGUGAGGGGGUGGAGGCAAGAGGGAAGGUGUGGGAGCGGCUGGAGGGGUGGAUGGUGGGGCCGCCGUGGGCGGAGAUGAGGGUGCUGUGGGGGUGGAGGGGGUGUGUUGCGGCGUGGUGUGCUGAUGGGGUGGCGGUCGGGGGGGAGGAAUGGAAGAGGUGGAGGGCGGAGGAGGAUAGGGCGUGGAGGGGGUUUGUGGAACGGGGGGGGGUGGUGCCGGCGGUGGCGAGGAGGGGGGUGCGGGAGGAGGGGGAGGGGAGCGAGGGGGAGGAGGGGGAAGAAGGGGGGGAAGAGGAGGAGGAGGAAGAGGAGGUUGUGGGGCAGGUAUCCAAGUAG